AACAAUGUCCUUAUAAUGAACAUUUUAAUGCUACAAUUGGUUAUUCUUUAACAUUAGAUCAUAUCGAUGCACAAUUGAAUAUUUCUGAAUUUAUUGAAGAUGAUGUAAACAGAAAUAAUACACCUGUUAAAAAAAAGAGAAGAAGGACUAAAAAUAUUGACUUAGAAGAAUAUAGAAAUAUUAAAAUAGAAGAAGAGAAAAAAAGACAUGAAACAAUUACUCAAGAUUUUAUUAUGCUUAAAGAACAACUUCCAGUUACUUACUUUAAAAAGAGUAAUGCAAAAUUAUUAAAAAAAGUUGAAUUGCUUUUUAAUAUUGUAACUAUGCAAUAA